AUGAGUUCUGCCUUGUGGAGCCGCUGGCUGCCGUGGGGGACGACUCGUUCCAGAGCCCUGGGCAACCUCGUGGCGCAGAGUGCGUCGUGUUCGAGCACGGCGACGCCGAGGCGAAAGCGCACGAGCACGAGCGGGAUCAACCGAGAGAGGCAGUUCGACGGGACUGUCACCGGCGGUACCGGCGGUACCGGCGGCAGGUUCGGGGGGGGGCGAAGACGAUCGGGUCCCGGUAACGGCAGGGGCGGGCUUUCGAAGAAGACGCUCAACAUUGUCACCAACCUCAAGAGCCAUACCACCGACGUCCGGUCCCGCGAGGAGAUGGAAGACCUGGAGGAGGAGAAGAGGCUGGCCGAGGAGGAGCGCCGGUUCAAGGAGAACCUGCGGCAAAAGGGGGACGACUUCGACCACACGAUCCGCAUCCUGCUCCUGGGAGACUCCGGCGUGGGGAAAACGAGCCUUAUGACCCGCUUUUCUGAGGACAAGUUCGCGCCGACCUUGAUCAGCACGGCCGGAGUAGACUACAAGGUGCAAACUCUAGACAUCAACGGGAAGAGAGUGCGGUGCCAGAUCUGGGACACGGCGGGGCAGGAGAGGUUUCAUGUCAUCACGAGGACGUACUAUCGCGGGGCUCACGGGAUCGCUCUCGCCUACGACGUCACCGAUGAUGACAGUUUCAAGAACGUCAACUACUGGAUGGCGAAUAUCCAGACGCAUGCGGAGCCCGGGCAUCGUAUGCAGAAGAUGAUCCUGGGGAACAAGGUGGACAUCGAGGACCGAGCGAUAUCUACGAAGGAUGGCCAAGACGUCGCCAAGGAGUUCGGCGUCCGCUUUUUCGAGGUGAGCGCGAAGAACGGGUACGGUGUGUCGGACGCGUUCUACAGCCUUGCGGUGGACAUCGUGGCCGCCAACAAGAGGGGGGCAGACGAUCGGCGAGGGGCCAGAUUAUUCAGCGGGGGAGCCGCACGCUUGAGAUCGUCCUUCGCCUCGAAGAAGACGUCGUUCUUGACGGGCAGAAAGCUCGGGGGCGUUAGCUGGCCCGGAGGAACGGCGACCUCCGGCGGCGGCGGCGGCGGCAGCGUUGGCGCCGGGGAGGGAGGGGAGGGGAGAGAUAACGGGAUGCGUACGCCCCCCCCCCAGGAACGCGGUGGCAAGGCGCCCGCUGGGGAAGAGGACAGCGAUGGAGGGGGGGCGUUAAAGUCGGCGAGCGAGAGGUGCAAGGUUUUUUGACAGCUGGGGGGGGCGGCACCGGGUUGUACUGUAGUGUUGAGUGUAUGUCGGGUAGGGGUUCUGGAGCGAUAGAAGAUGGGGCACUUGUGUCGGGCCGGCUCCCCCCCCCCCCCCCCGAUGUCCCGUGCCCCACCCG